GGGCUGGAGAAUAGUGGUUGCGCCUGCGCGGAAGGCUGCAGCAGGGCGUGAGAGGAGGGUGUCGCAGGCGCGGGCACUGGGCCGGAGACCUGAGAUCGCGGAGUGGCCCGGAGGCCAGGACGGCUUCAGACGCCUCGUCUAGGUUUUCUAUCAGAUGUUCCACCAUAAUAAUGCUGGAGUUGAGAAGUCUCCAUUCUUUUGCUCCAAACCAGAAGAUUUUGUUCCCAGUAUACAGAGGAGGAGUAAUGUUGGACAGAAACUGGCUGGUGUUUAAAACUGAAGAAUGUCAUGACUGUUUUACCUGAGGUCUUUGCUGAGAUUAAGAUAAAUUGCCUUGGAAAUACUAAAUUGGAACUUCUAAAUUAGGGUAUAAGAGAAUAAUUGUUUCAUUACAUCUAUCAUUGGAUUGUUCUAUAUGUUAAUUCUGAGUACUCAAAUAAUCAUCCUCACAGGAACUCAAUACUGGUAAUGCAAAUCUGUUUCUGGAACCAUGAAAAUUUUGCUGGUUUUUGACUUCGACAAUACAAUCAUAGAUGACAAUAGUGACACCUGGAUAAUACAAUGUGCACCAGAGAAAAAGCUUCCUAUUGAACUACAAGAGUCUUAUGAAAAGGGAUUUUGGACAGAAUUUAUGGGCAGAGUCUUUAAGUAUUUGGGAGACAAAGGUGUAAGGGAAGAUGAAAUGAAAAGAGCAAUGACAUCCAUGCCUUUCACUCCAGGAAUGGUGGAACUUUUACACUUUAUACAAAUGAAAAAAGAUAAAUUUGACUGCAUCAUUAUUUCGGAUUCAAAUUCAGUCUUCAUUGAUUGGGUUUUGGAAGCUACCAAUUUCCAUGAUGUAUUCGAUAAAGUGUUUACAAAUCCAGCAGCUUUUGAUAGCAAUGGGCAUCUCACUGUGGAAAAUUACCAUGCUCAUUCUUGUAAUAGGUGCCCCCAAAAUCUUUGCAAGAAUGUAGUUUUGGUAGAAUUUAUAGAUAAACAGUUACAGCAGGGAGUGAAUUAUACCCAAAUUGUUUAUAUAGGUGAUGGUGGAAAUGAUGUCUGCCCAGUAACCUUUUUAAAGAAGAAUGAUGUUGCCAUGCCACGGAAAGGAUACACUUUACAGAAAACUCUUUCCAGAAUGUCUCAAAAUCUUGAGCCUAUGGAAUCUUCUGUUGUAGUUUGGUCUUCAGGUGUUGAAAUAAUUUCUCAUUUACAAUUUCUAAUAAAGGAAUAAUAUGCCAACAGUU